CAUGGCGGCUUUACAGUGAAGUUCAAAGGUCCAGACUUUUGUAGGUGUUCAUAAACGCCCAGCAGACAUAAACGCCCAUCUGUUUAAUCCGGCAGUGCAAGGAGCCACUGAUCUAUACUGUAGUCUCAUUUUUUAUUUAAUAUUAUUUUAGCACAUUUACAAACGCAAUGGCGCAUGUGGAAGGAAACAAUGUGACUGUUUCUCAGGGGGUUCGUAUGCUGUUCAGUCUGAUGACUCCUAAUGAAUCAUCAUUCGCGACUGUUCAAGAGGUGCCGAAAUAUGUUAAUCAGGCCACACCAUAUUUCUUUGGUUUGAUAUUAUUGGAGAUUGUGUUGGGAUGGUUAAAGACAGAUGGCCCUCGCAUCAAGAUAAACGACUUCAUCACGUCUUUGUCUGCAGGCAUGAUGUCCCGUCUGCCUCAGCUCGUGAUGAGAAGUUUGGAACUGUCAGCUUAUAUUUAUGUCUGGAACAACUUCUGUUUAUUGGAGCUUCCCUGGGAUUCGGCUUGGACGUGGUGGCUUGCGUUUCUUGGUGUGGACAUGGGAUACUACUGGUUCCAUCGGUUUGCCCACGAGUUAAACAUCCUGUGGGCUGCCCAUCAGGUUCACCACAGUUCUGAAUACUACAAUCUGUCGACAGCACUACGCCAGUCUGUCACCCAGCAGGUUUCCUCAUUGGCGUUUUACCUUCCGUUGGCGCUGAUGGUCCCUCCGUCAGUUUUUGCAGUGCACAUACAGUUUAACCUGCUCUAUCAGUUCUGGAUUCAUACUGAGCUGGUCAAAGAUCUUGGACCUCUGGAGUGGAUCCUAAAUACUCCCAGCCACCACAGAGUUCAUCAUGGGCGAAAUCCAUAUUGCAUCGAUAAGAAUUAUGCAGGAAUCCUGAUCAUAUGGGACAGGAUGUUUGGUACAUUCGCUCCUGAAAGUGAUAAGGUUGUCUAUGGGCUCACACACCCAAUCAGCACGUUUGAAAUCUGGACUGUUGAGUUCCUUUAUUACCCGUACCUAUGGCAGAGGUUCUGGGAAGCUGAAGGAAUUUCAAAUAAGCUGUCCGUCAUUUUUAAAGGGCCAGGCUGGACUCCAGGAAAACCAAGACUGGGAGACAUCGCUGAUAUACCCCAGAUUACAGGAGAGGAAAUGCCUCACGAUCCAACAUGGUCCCCUGCGAUGCAAGCCUAUGUGCUUGUACAGUUCCUUCUUUUGCUGGAUGUAUAUAACAACUUAUUAAAGGAUCAAACGAUACUUUCUGAGAUGACUGCACUUCUUUUGACUGCCUACGUAUUACUUUCUCUAACUUCUUUGGGCUUCCUGAUCGAUCAGAGGGCUAAUGCAGCUGAAAUGGAGAUGCUGAGAUGUGUUUUGAUAAUGGCUCUUCAACAGUUUGGUUACAUUAAGCCUCUGGUGCCUCUGUUGGCUUUUCCGAUUGAAGCCUUUGUCUUAAUCUCUGCAGUCUACUGGAGUCUACAGUGUGUGAACCAGCGAAUCAACAGGAUGAAGAAACAAAACUAGAUAAGACAUCAACAGCAAACAACCUCAUACUGACACAUUACACACAAACAUUUUACGAUUCGGUGUCCCGCAUCAGUGACAUCUUCCAUACAUUUAACUGUGAGAUUUGUCCUUUUAACUUUACCAGAAAACUACUGCUCUCACAAACACUUCACACUUUAGUUUGGCAUUGAAGAGAUGCUAUAAAAAUAUCAUGAGUUAAGAUAUUGUAAAGACAAUAUGAUUCGUAGUUCUCAGAAUGGUACGAACCAGCUUAAAACUAACUUUUAACUUUUAACAUGUGGUAGAUUAAAUACAAAAUGUAUCAAAUAAUACAAGUACAAUAACUAGUGUAUUAUGAAGAAUUUUGUAAAAUUAUACACCAAUUUUGUCAUACUGUACAGAAAAUACUUGACCUCUUACUGACGUUCCAACAUGCUUUUAAUUGUAAGUAAUUGUGACAUAAAAUAUUCUAUACCUACAUAUAUGUGUAUGUACUAUUUUAGUAAAACUCAGUCUGAAUAAACCCAAAAAGACUGGUUGUUAGCUGUGGUAAUUGUACGAGUUAACACCAGGUGGUGCUAGCAGGACUCCUAAAACAGUGUCCCAUUUCAUUCAAUAGCCUACAUGUGUUUAUUGAUCAUUUUAAUGCUUGUCAGGGCUAGUGUCACUGGAGAGCAAUUACACUACCACUGUCAUAUGAGCUGACUGUUUUGAUUAGUUCAAAUUAAAUUAGUUCAUAAUAAAGAACCUUGGUAUAUUUGAAAAAAUGAAACCACUACAGUCAGUGUGCAGUCAGUCAGCAAGACAAAUAAUGCAACAAAAAGAAAAACAAUCUGCCUCCCAACAGAAUAAGAACAUUCAUUUUAGUAAAUGUUAAUGAGAAUAAAACUAUAUUUGAUUUUAUAUUUUCUUUGUCAAAGCUUGUUUAUAUGAUUUAAAACAGCACCUUUCUAACAUGAUAUGACGUGCUUGUCACUAUUUCAUAGUUUCACAGUUUCAUAACAUCUGGAUUUCACACCUGGAAUAAAGCAAGGUGGCGUGCCUAA